AUGGCCAGUGGUUUAAUCAAUCACACCUAUGUAAUGGAAUCUCAGGACAAACUCUGGAUAGAGGUUCGGAGGAGCUCCCUGCCCGUGCACCUGCAGUGGAUGGCCCUCCAGGACUGUUCCAGCUUCCCGAUCAAGAGGAACAAGCGGACAUACAGCACCGAGCCCAGUAACCUGCAGGCUCGGGUUCAGUGUACGACUGUGGGCGUGGAGCCCACGGCCCAUGGCAAAGAUGUAGUGGCGGCCAUGAAGCGGAGAUCCGGCCACAGAAAACUUGCCACCUCCUACGUGCAGACCACCAUGAACAAGAAUGCCCAGGGCCCCCUCAACAGCAUCAGGUACACCAUCCUCGAGUACAAGUACGGCCCAGAUCUCCACAUGACUGCCAUUCUCAGAGCCCCCGCCAUCCUGCUCAACCAGAAGCCUGUGAUGGAGAAGAGGCAGUGGGCCCGCCCCACCGAGAGCUCCUGGACACCUGCCCGCCACUUCCAAAGCAAUAAAGAUAUCAACCACACACACGUCAUAUUCCCAAGACAUUUAAUUUGUAGGUUGCCUGAGCACUUGCUACGGACCUAA